AUGUAUCUCCGCGCCAUCCACGCCGAGGGCCAAAUCCCCCUCCUACAGAAGUUUAUCCGCGAUAACCCACUUGGGAUCUUCACCACAGCAAUCAAAUCCUCGUCGCACGCUUUCAUUCAGUCGAGCCAUAUCCCAUUCGUGCUAGAUACCCCGUCCUCAGACGAUAACGCAUUACAAAAUGGCAUCCUACGCGGCCACAUCGCAAAGCAAAACCCACAAGCAAAGGUGCUAAUGGAAGCGCUGGCCGAACAAAACGCCGCUGGAAACGACAGCCUUGAACUACCCGAUGAAGUUCUAGUUCUUUUCAAUGGCCCACACCACCACUAUGUCACGCCGAAGUUCUACACAGAAACAAAGCCUGAGUCUGGCAAGGUGGUCCCGACGUGGAACUACUCUGCCGUCCAGGCAUACGGCAAGAUCAGGGUUUACUGCAACUCGAAGGCUGAUGAGACAGCUGGGUUCUUGGCAAAGCAGGUAGACGAUAUGUCGAGGCAAUCUGAGCGUGAUAUUAUGGGAAAUACGGGUGGUGACAAGCCGGCUCCGUGGGAGGUUUCUGAUGCACCGGUUAACUAUGUCGAGUUGCUGAAGAAGAAUAUUAUUGGGAUUGAGAUUCGGGUUGAGAGGUUGCAAGGCAAGUUCAAGAUGAGUCAGGAGAUGAGCAAGGGUGAUCGCGAUGGGGUUAUCAAGGGGUUCGAACAGUUGGAAUCGGAGGUUGGGAAUGGCAUUGCUGCUUCUGUGAGGGAGCGUGGUGAUAUGAAGGAUUUGCGGUAA